AUGGAGGGGCCCAUCUCCUCCGCUUCACGGUCCGUCUCAUCUCCCACGAUAGCAAGAGAAACGGCACCUCAACCUUCGUCGGGCAGGACUGUAGAAGAGAAUGAAACGCACGUAAGGGCUGCAAGAGAGGACCUUGCCAGAAGCGAUGCGAUAAGAACAAAUCCAGAAGCCGCGGAAUGCUUCGACAUCUUCUCGAAGAGCGAAACACCUAAACUCGUUGCAAGCUUUUCUCACGGAGACUGGACCCAGAAUCAUGCGGAAGCUCUGAAGACCGACAAGCUUCAGCCAGACCAUUUUGUCAGGUUAUUUUUGAUUGAAGAUUUGUCACCGUGUCUUAUGCGACAGCUUAGCAGCACAUUCGAUCUCAGUCUGGAGGCUUUCGAAGAGCAUCUAUAUGGGUCUCAUUAUUCAGCAGAGAGAGCUUCACAUCCGGCGAAGUGGUCGACUGCGAACAUGGACAAGCAGCACAUGCCUAUGACCUGGUAUAGACCUGUGAGAUGGGACUUCAAUUUGAUGUCUUAUGAUGAGAUCGAAUACCAGGAAACCCAUGAUGAUAGGACUCGACCUAAGCUACAUCCGUCGUUUCCAAUUAGCCAGGAGUAUCAAGGCGAAAGAGAGUCAAGACAGAAGUAUUCCUGUUCAUAUCGAAUCAAGCCGAAUGUAAUUCGCAGUGCUUGGAAGUUCUCGCGAGACCCGGCGUUCUCCAAAACCACUGAUGCAAACACCCACUCGAUUCUGGCCUGGGAAGAAAAGAUCACAUUGAUAAAACAUAGGGUCGAAAGCGGUCCGCAAAGAAAAGUAUUCGUGCUCUUGGACCCGCUUCCUGAAGUUGAAAGAACAAGAGUAAGAGUUCCUUGGACCGUGGUUAGGCCUUCCGACCAGUGGGACACCUACGGCUCUGACCAGCCUUUGUUCCAAACGUUGUACCCAAGACGGUGUUGGAGAAAUACUGUUUCUUUGGACUUGGUCUCCGAAGUUCUCAAGACCAUCAAUUCCUCCCUCAACGUUCCAUCUUGUGCACUCGAAGACAUAGUCUCUUGGCUCUGUCCCAGUAAUCCAUCCAUAGGCCAAGACCUGGGCCCCACACCAGCACUACUGCAGGUCGUGCUUCAAGACUCGAUGAGCUUGUUAGGUUCCCUGCGCAUGUCAUUGGACGAGAUCCGCUUGAAUAGAGAUAGUGCAAACGAACAUGCCAUUCAACAAAGUGUAGAUCACUGGCGAAGGCUUAUCGCACCCGUCGACAUCAUCCUCCCGAAGUUAGAGGAAAACCUUGAAAGCUUUAUGCAGUUCGCAUACCCGGAGCGUAUACCUCCGCCAGCGCGUCGUCUGGCCGGUAGGCUACAGAGUGAUCUGCGAGCGGACAUUUCAAUCAUUGAAAGCCGCCGAGGAAUUGCAGCUGCUGAAAGUGUGACUAAAGUUACCGAGCUGGCCUUCGUUUUCGUUCCUCUGAGCUUUUCGGCCGGCAUCUUCAGCAUGCAAAUCAAAGAAAUGAGGAACGGCGCUCCGUUAUAUGCCUUUGUUGUAGCUGCAACCGUGGUGGUAGUUCUAUCAUACAGCGUGCGGCUUAUAGUACGAAGCAGGGCGACGGUCCGGAUCAUUGAUGGUGCCUUUGCCGGAAUCAGAAAAGAUGCGGGCCUUCUACCCGGGGAUAAUGUUCCAACUCGAGCCGCUCUACUUUGGGUCCUCACCAAUGUUCCAAAGCAAGCCUCUCUGGUGCUAAAUCGGGUGCUAAAGCGGAUCCUUUUCAAUAAAAUGACGUGUUGUCCGUUGGUUGGUUGGUCUGCUGGAUCGUUGAUGAACGAAUAAUUUCACACCUUUUUUGGUGGAUGGCGAGAGCUCUUAACAGCAUCCGUAGUACGGAGGGGCCACAGGGGAGCGUUAGCGAGGACGACGAGGUGAGUGAGGUAUAGAAUAAAAGUGGAAUACGGCAC